AAAAGCACCAGGUUCUUUCCUCAGAAGUUCAGCAGUUCUGCACCGAAACUCAAGCCCAAGCCUUCAUCAUGGUUCACUUGUCAGAUCAGGAGGUCAAGUGCAUCAAUGCCAUCUGGGGCAAAGUAGACACCAAACAGAUUGGAGGAGAAGCUCUUGCCAGACUCCUUAUUGUGUACCCCUGGACUCAAAGAUACUUCAGUACCUUUGGCAACCUCGGCUCCGCUGAUGCCAUCAUCCACAAUGCCAAGGUCUUAGCUCAUGGCGAUAAGGUACUGCGCUCAAUUGGAGAAGCUUUGAAGCACCUGGACAAUCUCAAGGGGCACUAUGCCAAACUGAGCCAGUACCACUCUGAAAAACUGCAUGUGGAUCCCGCCAACUUUGUGCGUUUUGGAGGUGUGGUGGUUAUUGUUAUGGCCCACCACUUUCAUGAAGAAUUCACCCCUGAGGUACAGGCUGGCUUUGAGAAGGCAUUCUGCGCAGUGGCUAAUGCCCUUGGCAGAGGCUACCACUGAAUCACCAUUACGAACACUUCACAGGAGUCUCAAGCUACAAGUUUACCACCAGGCGCUACAUCAACCAGCAAGCUUGUACAUGUAAUUUUCAGUUUUCAUAAUGUAGCUAUUGAAAUUAGCUCCAAAUAAAAUCAAUAAUGUUCCCAUA